GACACAGAGAAAGGGGAGGGAAGACGGACGGGAACUCAGCCAAAGCGAGGAUACUAGUCUAACCCGCUCAGCAUGGCUCCAGUAAAACAUUCACCCUGUCGGCUCAGGACGGGACAUCAGCUGCCACAGCUCUGAUGUGUACUGCACGGAUCUGGACUAUAUCAUGCCAUAAAGGGAGAGUGCUUUCAGUGUGAAACGCUGCCAUCCAGGAGGAUUUGAACAUCUUUCCCCUCUAACAUGUAAUGGAUCCUUCUGAAAGACAGUGUGCGUCACUCCAGAGACAAGACUCUGUCUCUCUCCUACCCACGCCACUGUCAGGGCAACGCCAGGGAUAUACCUUGCAAGAUUUCCCUGAAGUCUUUCCAGAAGAUGACGAAAUGUAUUUGUCUGAGGGCAUUUCGGCUGUGGUUGUAUCCCCAGAUGAAGCCCAGCCCCAGGCCUCAGGAUAUCUGUGGGCUCAGGCGGGUCCAGGUCCUGGGGAUCCUAACUACCAGGGCGUAAACGGGCCUCCCCGUGUCCGUCCCAUCCCCAAGCCCAGAACCAGGCAUUCCUUUGCAGGUUUGCCAAGCAGACCAGAUGUUGUGCCCCCUCCUCCACCCCCCAGGGUUCGACCACCACUCAGUAACAUACAGAAGAGGUUCUCCUGUGGCAUAGAUGUGCCACCCAUCAAGCUGAAUCGCUCCAACACAGAAAUAGAUCAUCAUCAGGACACAUGGAACAUCCGAUUGAUAGACACUCCACAGGGCAGCACCAAAAGCCUGGCUUCUUUCUGCUCAGCAACGUCCAAACUGAUGUCCCGGUACAAGUAUACAGACAGCGUUCAUAACUCAGGCGUGGUGUGGGCUCGUGUGUUACCCAUCCAUCCUUCUCUGCUGCAGCAGGCUGAGGUGACUGUUACAGUGGCCACCGAAUGGGACGGCCACCAGCUUCCCUUCCCCACCACCUUGAACAGGACAGUAAAGAAUCUGAUUGAAGCAAUCUUCAGUCUGCUGGACCGUGACAUCAGCACGAGCGAUUUCUAUGUUCUAAAACUUUGUGACUCUGAUGAGUAUCUUCAAAAUGAAGAGCUCCUGGGCAUGCAUGAGAGUAUUCAGAUCUACCACAAGUUUAACCUAGUGGUGCCUCUCCGUCUGCUCCAUGUGAAAAUCCUCAAGCGUCAAUUGUCCAGGGAUCCAGAGGAUGACAAAGCCCCUUGCCAUCUCUACCAGCUCCUGGGCUCUGCCUGUGUCUUCAACAUCUCCAAGUUGAGCCUGCAGGACGUGCUUAGUAGCUACAACAAAGAAGCGAAAGAGCUAAUGAGAAGUAAGAGUGGGAUGAAUGUUAACGUGCUAGUGGACGUAGUUCGCACUGUCAGCAGUCUGCUGUGUGGGUUCUCAUCUCAAGAGCUGGAGGAUGCCAUUGGCAAGCUUAACAGAGUCAAUCCCAUUCCACUGAGUCAUGAUGAGAUGUCUGAGUGUGAAACUGCCAUGUACCUGCUCCACCACGCCCUGAUAAAAAUGCUGCAGAUCUUCUUUGACAACUUCCAGUCAGACUUCAGAGCUCAGGAGGUCUUGCACAGCCCUCAAACCUGCGAUGUUGAUAACAAUAGUGACAUCUUUCAAUUCACCAUCGCUGCUCUCUACAAACUGCCGCCCAGCUGGCUCAACAGUUUUGAGCACUUCUCCAUUUCCUGUGAGCUGACGCAUGGAGGGAAGAAGAUCUGUGAGACCGGUGUCUCUGAGAACAUCAGCACCGCCUUGUCGCUUGGCAACAAGAUCCAGUGUAACCGAAUGAUGGUGUUCCCUGUGCCAGUGAAUCAGCUGCCAUAUGAGUGUAUGUUGACAUUUCGCCUCCUGGGCUCUAAGCGCGGGAAGAGCUCUGAAUUGUUACGCUGGGCUGUGCUGCCUCUUUACAGCAACAGGACUCUGGUGAAUGGGACCGUGCUGCUCAGUAUGUCCAUGCUGGUCGAGCAGCCAGCUGCUCCCUCCCCUGCCCUGUUUGACAGCCACAAGCAAGCCACUGGAGUAAUACUGCAGCUGGAGUUCCCAAAUCAGCUUGAAUGGAAGUACCAGAGGCCUAUUGCGUUACCCGGAUCAGUCAUAUUCACUCCUCAUUGUGAGGAGGUGCAAAAGAAAAUGUUAGAUGUCUCUAAGAAGCACUGUCUCUGCUUUCUAUCAGAGAAUGAGAAGGCUUUCCUGUGGAGUAAGCGCCACUGCGGUGACAAGGCGAGCACCUUCCUCCAUCUGCUACUGGGUGGAGCCCCCCGGUGGCAGUCUGAGGACCUGACAGAGAUCUACACAAUCGUGGACCACUGGCCUAUCCAUCUACCAGAGGAGGCUCUCUUUCUGCUCAGUGACAAUUUUCCAGACCUCACUGUGCGGGAAGCAGCAGUACACUACUUUGAGCAGAUAUCAGAAGGAGCACUGGAGCAAUUUCUGCCACAGUUAGUCCAGGCUCUGAAGAGCGAGUGGGAGUUGGAUGGACCUCUGGUGACGCUGCUGUUGGACAGAUCCCUGAAGAGCAUCAGGAUCGCCCAGCAACUUUACUGGCUGCUGGUGGAUGCCCAGGAUGAUGCCCACUACCAGAGCUGGUUCAGUAAGGUGCAGGCUGCCCUGAGGCACUGCUGUGGCCGGGCACUGAGGCAAGAACUGGAGCAGGAAACUCGCCUGGUCACCUUGCUUAUGCAGGUGGCUGACAAAAUUCGCACAACAGACAAGGCCCGACGCAAGGAUGUGUUGAGGAGAGAAAAGUGGAAGAUUGAUAACUUCUUCAGAGAUGGGAUCAGCUGCUGUUUACCACUGGACCCUGCAGUCCAUGUAGUUGGAGUGGACGUGGAUGCCUGUAAAUUCUACAACUCCAACGCCGCUCCACUGGGUGUCUCGUUCAUCUGUUCUGACCCCUUGGCCAAGAACAAAAAUGUCAUCUGCAAGACAGGAGAUAACCUGCGACAGGACAUGCUGGUACUGCAGAUAGUCCGUGUGAUGGACAGAGUGUGGCUUGAGGAGGGAAUGGACAUGCGCAUGGUCACCUACAGAUGUCUCUCCACAGGCAGAGACCAGGGUCUUGUGGAAGUGGUGCCGGAGGCGGUGACCCUGGGGAAGAUCCAGCAGGAGUGGGGUCUGGGUGGGCCUCUUCGUGAGGACACCCUGGAGAAAUGGUUCCACAUGUGGAAUAAAACUGAGGAAGACUAUGAGAAGGCUGUGGUGAACUUCCUCCACUCGUGUGCGGGUUGGUGUGUGGCUACUUUCAUCCUAGGAAUCUGUGACCGCCACAACGACAACAUCAUGCUGAAGCACAGCGGACACAUGUUCCACAUUGACUUUGGCAAAAUUAUGGGAAAUGCACAGAAGUUUGCCAACAUUAAAAGGGACCGAACACCUUUUGUCUUCACAACAGAGAUGCAGCAUUUCAUCACAGGUGGGGGUAAGAACCCUCAGCGUUUUCACCGCUUUGUGGAGCUCUGCUGUGAUGCUUACAAUGUAAUCAGAGGGCGCACUGCAUUGAUACUGGGCAUGUUACAGCUGAUGCUUGGUGCAGGGAUGCCAGAGAUGAAGGACAUCCAAGACUUGCAGUAUGUCCAGAAAAACCUAAGACCUCAUGACUCAGACCUGGAGGCCACCUCCUACUUUACCAAGAAGAUCAAAGAGAGCAUGGAAUGUUUAGCAGUCAAGUUUAACUUCGUGACACACAUCAUUGCUCAGAGGAACAAACCAGGACCUCUGACCCAGGCUGCUAGCCCCGCCCCCAACAACAACAUCCAGGAAGCUGUCAUCCAGAGAUACACUGUCAAGGGCAAAGAUGUGACCUAUGAGCUGAGAGUGACCAUUGACGACGGCUAUCUGAAUAGUGAGAAAACAUUUGGGCAGUUUGAGCUGAUCCACAAGCAGCUGCAGAAACACUUCAUAGAGUCUACACUACCCCAAUUCCCUAGCUGGUAUAAGAUGUCAUUCACCCCAGGGAGGAAAAUGUCAUUGCUGAAUAAAUACCUCAAAGAGCUUUUUGAGGGACCAUGCAAGGGAAAUGAAUUUGUGUGCAGCUUGUUCCUGGAUGGUCCCCAAACUGCUGAAAACAGAAACAGGGCUACAAUAGACGGGCGCCCUCAGAUCCAGCUCCACAUCUCGUACUCGGACCAUAAGCUCUCGGUCUUGGUAAAACACCUGAAAAACAUAAGGCUGGCUAACGGCUCUACCCCUGAUGCUUAUGUGGUCACACGUCUGAGGCCGGACCCUUACAGUCGUUCCAAGAGGAAGACCAAGGUGGUCCGUAAUAAUGUCAACCCCACCUUCAAUGAACUGCUGGAGUACACUGAUGUCCCCACUUUGCAUGAAAAGGUGCUGGAAGUGACAGUGAAGAGCAAAAAGGCUUUUGUUGUUGCAACCAACGUUAGGCUGGAGGAAAAGGUGCUGGACAAGGAGCAGUGGUUUCCACUGGGGAACUCGCCGAUCUGAGCGCAGCAAGAUGCACUGUGUGCCGGCUGCCACUAGGGGGUGCAGCCAUACUGGAAGAAAAAAACCCUCCAUAGAGAUAUUUUUCAGACUGUAAACUAACAAAAUAUAUCUUCAUUUGGGCAUGGGAACUAUGGACUUAGUGUGAUUUAUCACAGAGAACUUAACCUCAUUCCAUAGCUUAAUACAUUAGCAAUGGAUGGGGUGAACUGAUGAUGUAAAAAACAGAGUCAAAGUAAGACUCAGAAGGAGACCAUUUACUGUGACUGUGGUUGUGAUUCUGCUCAUAACGCACUUUAUCUGUUCAUUCGUAUAUGUACAUCAAAUGAUGGGCAUAUGCUAAUUAAGCCUGGUAGGGAAUGUCAUGUUGUUAAUGGAUGAAGGAACAUAUUUUGAUAUUUGCACUUUGUACUGUAAUAGUAAAAAUGUUUGUUGUCUACAUCCACUUGGAGUCAACAUAGCCCUUGCUAGUGUGUGGUCAAGAUUUUAGAUGUGAUAGAUUAAGAUGGAGGUGGUGCAACGCUCAUCUUAAGCAGCCUGCUUGUUACCUACUCAGAUGGAGCGUUUCUGUCCCUUGAGCUGUGUCAAGUCGAUGUCCUUGACCGGUGGAUUUGGACGGGGGAGUGUGUGUGGGUGGGCGGGUGGUAGAAGGGAGUCAAGGAGAGUGUGUGAGCUGGAUGACAACUCUUCCUCUCUGGCCUGAGGAGCCAGGUUAGCACUCCCCCUUCACUCCAUCCCUUGUCUCAUCCAUCAAUACUAUUCUCAAACACAGACACACCCACCCAUUCCCUCCCCCCACUCACACAGGCACAUUCAGCUGAGGCAGGUCUUCAUGUAAUCUUAAUGCCAUCCUCCCCCUGACAGGGCUGCUGACCCAUACUCUGGUCUGACUCAUUCAUAGGAUUUAGUGAUGAACGAGGAUGGAAAUAGACUGCCCUGCACUGGAUUCAGUUCAAUAAUGUAUACCUCUGUGAAUGCUAUUUAUAUUAUGGAUUUAGGAAUCCAUGCUGGCUUACAAUCCUUUACAGUAUCAUAUCAUUGACAAUUAAUUCACCGCUGUAUCACUCAAGUCCAUCGUUUUAAUCAUCUAUGAUUAAUCGAAAAGCAAUACUUAUUUUGCAGUCAUCUCAUGAGAAUCGUAUCUUCCCCUAAUAAUAGCAUUAGCAUCAAUGAUUAAUUCUGUAAAAAGAAUCUACUGUCUUACUCAAGGGAUUUCUCCACUAUUCUUGUUGAUUUUAAAAGCAAGCAGAGAGCUGUUCUCCAUUAUACUGUCUUUCAGUCCCGCCUAAACCUUCUGGUCUUUUCCUCUGCAGCACACAGUGCAGGCAGUAGAAAUAUGGCACAUCUAUUUUCUGACAAUAAAACUGGUAU